UGUGAGGGCACUGGCUGCAGGAAGUCAUGAUGGUGCUUUACGAAGGACCGCGGCUCUUGGACUUUGCAAAGGCUCCUGCUCACCUUCAGUUCAACAAAUAUGUCCUGACGGGUUACCGGCCGGUGUCCACAGCUGAAGAGUGCGUCAGGAGCCUCUUCUACAUGCACAAUGAGCUGGGGAACAUCUACACACACGGAAUUCCUUUCUUCCUUUUCUUGGUGCUGCUACCUUUUAGUAUCCCCUGGAAAGAGGUGGACAGCAUCUGGAUAUGUGUUGUCCACUAUCUGGCCUGCCUCUGUCCCACCAUGGGAUCAGUGCUCUACCAUUUGUUCAUGAACCACGUGGGAGGAGAACACGUGUACGACACGCUGCUCUCCCUGGACAUGGUCGGCGUCUGCCUAGUUAACACCCUCGGGGCAAUUCCUAUCAUUUAUAUCACCCUCCUCUGCUACCCAAGCGUGCAACAGACUGCCUUGCUGGUCUAUAUCCUCCUGUCAGCCCACGGGAUCUACUGUGCCACCACUGCCCGCACUAACGUCCGGCGCCUGCGAUCGUUUGUCUGGCAGGCCUUGUUCCGUUUCAGCCUCUUCCUGUUUCGGGUUUAUGGCAGCGGGGUAGGAAGCCCAAAUUCUCUGCGACUCUUUGUCAUCAUGGACUGUCUAGCUUUACUGGGAGGGCUGGUCAACAUUGUCCAGAUCCCUGAGCGCUUCAAGCCAGGAUUGUUUGACAACUGGGGCAACAGCCACCAGAUAAUGCAUGUCAUGGUUAUCUGUUCAAUUAUCUACCUACACUGGGGCACACUGGAGGAUUUAGCCUGGAUUAAGAGCUACCAGUGUCCUGCUGAGUGAUGCCAAGAGCAGCUAGUUCACGCAUGCUUGCAGUCAAGGCUACACUUGAAUUUAGCAUUCAGUGAGGGAGGAGUUAAUGGAGGGCCGAAACUGCCAAAAUCAAUACUCUAUAGAUAUAUAUUAAAGAAAUAUGCCAUUAACUGCCCAAAAAUAACUACUGUAAAUUAAUACGUUUAUAAAAUCUGAUAUAAAAAUAAAAGUUUUGAUUUAUUUCCGUAUUUACAUUUGUAUUCCCCCUUUAUUUACCUUCCCAUUUAAUUUUCAAUGUAUAAUUUUUCUAAUUACCUAACUUAUCAAUUUAUUUUUAUUUUCUACUUUAGCUAGCUUUACCUAACUUUAGAUAACUCCACUCUAGCUAACGUAACUACCCUACCUAACUUAGCUAGCCUAUCUAAAGUAGCUAGCUUUAGUUAGAAGUUACCAUCACACUUUUUUAAUCACAGCCCCUUAUUCAGAUAAUGAAGCAGAAGUGCUUCAAUAAAUCUGAUAAUAAAAUACUGAUGUGUAUAAAAUAAGAAGGUUGAAAAAUGCAAAGGGGAAAAAAGUCCCCAGAAAAAAAACCUAUUCUUAAAUGUAACAUUUACAUAAAAAGCUAAAUUAAAUGGGAAAGUCAAUAAAUACGAAGUUAAUAUACAGAAGCAAAUUAUGUUUUUUUCUUAAAAAGUUACAUUUAAAAAUGCACUUUAGUCCUAGCUGCUGAAAUUCUUCACAGGGGAAGUUCAUAAUUUGACAUUUUGCCAAAGAAGAAUAAGAGGAACCUACAGUGUUCUAACUGUAAAUCACAUCAUUGCAUCUAAUUGAAAAUCCUGAACAUACUUGAUUUAUAGAGGUUGAUAUGCAGUAGUUUGGG